AUGACAAUUGAUACAACAACCAACCAAGAAUUUGAUAGCUGUGUGCAUUUAUUUUCAACAAACGACAAUGUUCACAACCACAACAAGAAAAAAUUACAAUCAUUAAAAAAUCCAGUUGCACGCAACAUUGCAUCAAAAGUACGAAAUGUUACUGCUAACAAAAGUGGAAUGGAUGAUGAACUUGAUGUAGAAUUAUUAUUAUCCAAAAAUGCCAGAGUAAUGUUGACAUCAAAUCUAUGGAUAGAAGCAGGACUUGUCAACAAAGCUUUAGGAAAUAUUAGAAAAAAUGUUUAUAAACUAGGAAGUGCACCACCUCAACCACCAGCAUACGUGUUAGUUGAAUUUGACAAUUACUCCGGACUACCAUUCGAUGAUUGUCAUCCAUCCUCAAUUCCAGUUCCAGCAAUUGAAAGAGGUGGUUCUUCUCAAAUACCAUUGCGCUUGGCAUGGGCACUAACAAUACACAAAUCUCAAGGGCUCACUCUUCAAAAGGCUACCAUCGAUAUAGGGCCAACUGAAAGUACUGGUCUCACGUUCGUGGCAAUCUCUCGUGUGAAAAGCUUACAGGGCCUACGGAUCAUGCCACCAUUCAGCUAUGCUAGGUAUGAGAAAUUAAACAAAGGCAAACAAGUCGUCAGCAGGAAAAGAGAAGAAGAAAGGCUUCAAUCCAUCCAGAACAAUUCACGAGCUUCACAUAAAACCAAAGACGUGGACACAACUUUUACAUUCAUAAGUACCAAUUGUAAAAUGUAUUGCAUUGGCUAUUACUGCAAAAUAUAA